AAAAUGACAUUUCAAUAGUUAUAUUAGGAUGUUGAAAAUAUUUUGGAUUUACUGCGCAUCCUGAAUUUCAGGAUAUUCUAUAUAUCUAUUCGUAAAGAAUAGCAUCCUUAUAUGUUUGUGUGUGUGUGUGAGUGUGUAUGUGUUUCAAGAACGUGAGCUGUUUGAUAAAUUGUUUUGGUUAAUGUCAACGAUCCGAAAAAAAAUCCAAUCAUCAUGAUUUCGAGGUUUUCAAUAAAAUUUUUUCUAUUAUCAUCAGUUUUGCUGUUGCUUACAUUUACAACGGAAGCUCAUUUUCAUACAAAACGAUUACAUGAUGACUUGUUUAGCGAUUAUAAUCGAUUAAUAAGGCCAUCUAAAAAUCAUUCAUAUAAAUUAACUGUAAACAUUGGACUUAAACUAACACAGAUUAUAGAUAUAAAUUUGCGGCAACAAGUAAUGACCACUAAUAUAUGGCUUGAGCAAAAUUGGUAUGAUUACAAGUUAACUUGGGAUCCAAAUGAUUAUGGCGGAGUCGAUAUGAUCAAUGUUCCUGCUGAGAAUAUAUGGCUUCCCGAUAUAGUUUUAUUCAACAAUGCGGAUGGCAAUUAUGAAGUGACAUUAAUGACUAAAGCUACAGUUUAUAGUACCGGUUUAGUUGUCUGGAAUCCACCGGCACUGUACAAAAGUACAUGCAAAAUUGAUGUUGAAUAUUUUCCUUUUGAUGAACAAUCAUGUUUAAUGAAAUUCGCUAGCUGGACUUAUGAUGGCCAUGAAGUCGAUAUUCGACAUGUUAAACAGGAAGAAGAUUCAACUUAUGUGGAUGUUGGUAUCGAUCUUAGUGAAUUCUAUAAAAGUGCCGAAUGGGAUAUAUUGAUGGUACCAGCGAAAUAUAAUGAAGAAUAUUAUGAAUGCUGUUCAGAACCAUAUCCAGAUAUUACAUUCAAUCUUACGAUGCGUCGUAAGACAUUGUUUUAUACGGUCAAUUUGAUCAUACCAUGCGUAGGCAUCACUUUUCUUACACUAGUUGUGUUUUAUCUACCAUCUGAUAGCGGUGAAAAAGUAACGCUUUCUAUUUCCAUUCUUGUCGCUUUAACUGUGUUCUUUUUGCUUCUUGCUGAGAUUAUCCCGCCAACAAGUUUAGCAAUCCCAUUACUUGGUAAAUAUUUACUGUUCACCAUGAUACUCGAUACACUUUCCAUAUGCGUCACGGUGGGUGUUUUGAAUGUUCACUUUCGUUCUCCCGCUACUCAUAUCAUGACACCUUGGAUUCGAAAAGUUUUCAUUCACAUCUUGCCCAGAAUACUGUUGAUGAAACGACCAACUUCACAAGAUUGGCAUGCAGAAUUAGCAGCAAUCGGAAAAAAAGGACGUGGAAGAUCUAAAAAAGAAUCGGAUGGUAAUCGUGGACCAUCAUUGAAAUUCAACGGAAAUUUUCAUGAUUCGCUUGAUUCAUUUCAAGAAUCCAUCUGUAUGUCCGGAAGUCCUGAUCAACCUGGCCCAUCAACAUAUUCACCACAUCAAAUGGAAGAGUUGAAUCAAUUGUAUGAACAAAAUUAUGCUCAUCUCAAGCAAAUAUUCAACAUGGUCGAACUACAAAAGGCUAUUAAAGGAAUUAUUCAUCUUGCUGAUCACAUUCGAAAAGAUGAUAAAGACAUUAACAUCAUUGAAGACUGGAAAUAUGUAGCCAUGGUUUUAGAUAGACUUUUUCUGUGGAUAUUCUCAUUGGCCGUAUUCUGUGGAACGUGUGGCAUCAUAUUACAGGCACCAUCAUUAUAUGAUACACGACGGCCAAUUGAAUCGGAACUUACAUUGGUCACCCCACAAAUUCAAUCAUAAAAUUAAAUUAAAUAAUAAUAAUUAUUAUAAUUAUAAUUAAAUUGUGUUUAUUAGCUUGCUCAAAAUAUAUUUAAAUAAAGUCAUUAUAG